GUGCCGCCUAUGACAUGCGUGGCCCACCUGGCCUCUCUCUCUAGUCUGUCCCUCGCUGCGCGGUCUGCGAAGUGCGAACUCCCAACUCCCUCCCGAGCCCCGACCACCCGGCGGCGCCGUCGCCGCCACCAACCUCUCGCCGCCUCCUGCGGCCGAGCGCUUGCCCCAUAACAAGGCGCCGGCCUUGCUCGUCGCGAACUCGGCAAGUUGGUCUGGACAGCGAGCGAGCUGUAUGGGAGUCGAAGCGAGCCCGGAACCGGAAGAUAGUCUCGCGGCGAGGAGGAGGCGGAGGGGGAGCAAUGACCUGGGCGCGGACGCGGCUGUCCACGCGGCUCAUGAACGUCUGCCUCGCGGCGCUCUGCCGCGGCGGCGGCCUCGCCCGGGCGGAGUCCGUCCUCGUCGACGCCAUCCGCCUCGGCAUGCCCCCCGACGUCGUCACCUACAACACCCUCCUCGCCGCGCACUGCCGCGCCUCGGGCCUCGACGCGGGGUUUUCCGUCCUGCGCCGGAUGCGGGAGGCCGGGGUGAGCCCCGACGCCGUCACCUACAACUCCCUCAUCGCCGGCGCCGCGCGGAGGGGGCUCACGAUGCGCGCCCUCGACCUGUUCGACGAAAUGCUCCAGGCGGGGGUCGCCCCCGACGCCUGGAGCUACAACGCGCUCAUGCACUGCUUGUUCCGGUCUGGCCACCCGGAGGAUGCCUACCGGGUGUUUGCCGAUAUGGCCGAGAAAGGCGUCGCGCCGUGCGCCACCACCUACAACACACUCCUGGACGGGCUCUUCAGGUUCGGUCACGCGAUCAACGCGUACAGGAUGUUCAGGUAUCUGCAGAGGACGGGGCUCCCGGUGGGCAUUGUGACUUACAACACGAUGAUCAAUGGGCUGUGCAAGUCAGGCAAGGUGGGGUACGCCCGCAUGGUCCUCAGGGAGCUUGGGAGGACCGAGCAUGCCCCGAACGUCGUCACUUACACGACGGUCAUGAAGUGCUGCUUUAAGUACGGCAGGUUUGAUCAGGGGCUGGAGACCUUCUUGUCAUUGCUGGACGGAGGGUACAUUCCAGAUCUCUUCCCAUACUGCACGGUGAUUAGUGCGUUAGUCAAGAAGGGACGGAUGGAAGAAGCCAAUACCUACAGUGAGCUAAUGAUACGGAGUGGGUUCAGGCUUGACAGUGCAUGCUAUAAUACGCUGAUUUACCUGCGAUGCCAGGAAGGGAAGCUGGAUGACGCGUUUGAGCUGCUGAGUAUGAUGGAAGAGGGUGGUCUGGAGAGUGAUGAGUACACAUUCUCAAUUUUGGUUAAUGGUUUGUGCAAGAUGAGACAUUUCGAGGCUGCACAUAAGCAGUUAUGUUACAUGGAGAUAAGGGACAUGGAUUCAAAUAUUGUUGCUUACAAUUGCUUGGUGGACGCACUCUGCAAAUCUGAUGAGGUGGAUGCAGCCAUCAAAUUACUUCACAACAUGAAGCUGAAGGAUGAUUUUACUUACACAUCACUAGUCCAUGGUCUAUGUAAGGUGGGUAGGUAUCAUAUGGCAUCCAAAUUCUUGCGGAUCUGCUUGCGUGAAGGGAACAGUGUUCUUGCAUCUGCAAAGCGUGCUGUCAUUGCUGGCCUUCGUAGUGCAGGGUUUCAGAAUGACGUGAGGAAAGUUCGGGCAGCGUUACGUAUGGCUAGGCUGUUAAAACCAUAAUCCAAGUCCAAGGAAAACAGUCUUCAACUUCACUGGGUGGUCCUGCAGAAUCGAGAAGAUCAAUUGAGCAGACAAAUUGAAAUUACGUAUGGCUAGGCUGUUAAAACUAUAAUCCAAGUCCAAGGAAAACAGUCUUCAACUUCACUGGGUGGUCCUGCAGAAUCGAGAAGAUCAAUUGAGCAGACAAAUUGAAAUUUGGAGAUGAUCCUGCAUCGAGAUGAAUGUCAAACAUCCAGUUCUUGUGGCAUAAACUGGAGGAAGGAAAGUAGGAUCAUGGUAUUGUUGACGGGUGUUACUAAUCUUAUACAUCAGCUCUUGGAGAUACCAUAUUGUCUGCCAAUGUUGCAGUAUGUAAUCAGCCACCCUUAGAGCCAAGCAUCAUUUGAAAUUAUACAGCAGGAGAAGAUGCAACAUGUGAUCACUAGCUGGCAAGUGGUCAUGAUGCCAGCGCAGUAUACACAGGAAGUGAUCUUUGCCUGGUCCACGCAUCACCUUGGAUGUGAAUAUUAUUUGGAUGGCGCUGAUUAAAUCCAAGUGAUUAUUAGCAUUCCAAAGUUUCAAUAGAGGUGAUCGGUGUGAUGAUUUGAUCAGGAUCCUUUUGCUCCAGACAUGAUGCGCACACUGCAGUAUAAGAUCACAAAAUGCAAAUAUUGGAAAAACACAUUCACACAUAAACUCAUUCUGAGAAGAAGAAGCGAGACGUACCAUGGCCCUUGGAGGUAGGCUGCGAUCCACAGCCAGUGCUGGACCGCUUCCUCGGUGCUGCCUGCUCUAACAAUGCGCCGGCG